AUGGCCAUAUCAAAUGGAUCCCACGAAACGGGAACAGUCUCAAAGGCCCCUCUCCGCUCGAAACACCCAGUUUGGAGACGAUGGGUACGAUUUAGGGGCAGUGAUGGUAACAUCUACGGCGGCGAGCCUGUGGACGGCAGUGUUGAUGUGGGACUCGCCAUGGUGGAGCAGAAAGACGUGGCUGUGAAGGUUGUUGCUGGAGGGUCGGCAUUGGACUACGAUGCCCCCUUUACUGGUGAAGUAAAGUUCGUAGAAGAGCUUCUCUCGCCAGUUACACCAAACGAAGCUGGGACAGUCCGGUGUGUUGGUCUUAACUACAAGGAACAUGCGGCAGAGAUGAAAAUGACUCUCCCCAACACUCCGACAGUCUUUCUCAAAGCGAGUACUUGUAUUGCGUCGGCAUCGGAACCAAUUGUGUUGCCUUCAAACGUGGAUCACGAUGAAGUUGACUACGAGGUUGAGCUGGCUGUCGUAAUUGGGAGAAUUUGCAAGAAUGUCUCAGUUCCAGAUGCGAGUGCUUAUAUCCUGGGCUACUCUGUCGCUAAUGACGUGACUGCCCGUAAACUCCAAGAAAAGACCUCACAAUGGUCGUAUGCAAAGGGCAUGGACGGUUUCUGUCCGCUUGGACCCUGCAUAGUCUAUGCGCAAGAAAUUCCCAACCCUAAUGUCUUGGAACUACGCACAUUCCUCAACGGGAAGACGAUGCAGAAUGGAUCUGCUAGUGACAUGAUCUUCAGUAUACCAGAGAUUGUUUCUUAUCUGUCCCAGGGACACACUCUGCUACCUGGAACUGUAAUCAUUACUGGAACACCUUGUGGUAUCGGAGUCUCGCAAAAGCCACCGCGGUUUCUGCAACCCGGUGACAAGCUUCGAGUAAACAUAAGUCAUGGGCUGGGCACUCAAUUCUGUGAGAUCACGCGAGACUGA